AAAGGAGACCGACAGCAAGCCACCAGAACGAUGCGACGUAAUUGUUCAUGACGGAUUUUUCAUCAUGCAUUCAAUCAGGGAUGUACCUACCAUCGUCCUUUGAAAACAUAUCAAAAAAGUUGUUGCAAGUGUUCACUGCGAAUAGUGCUGACACUGUAAUAAUUGCCUUUGAUAGAUAUAUAUUUCCAUCGAUAAAAGACAACGAACACUCAUUAAGAAAAAGAACCAAAGGACAGCGUUUCCAUAUAAAUGGACCUGAUCAAAUACGGCCAUCAAAUUUCGCGGACGCAUUGAAAAAUAUCUACUUCAAAGAAGCACUCGUUGACUUCAUUAUUGAUGACUGGGCGAACGAUUAUAUGGCACCAUUCAUCGGUAGCAAAACAAUAUUGGUCAACUACCUACAAUGCUAUCAAUAUAAAGUAUGUGAAGGCAAAGUGCAAAGAACACCAGAGUUAUCGUUGGCAUGCCCAGGUCACGAAGAAGCUGACACAAAAAUUGUUUUUCACGUUUGCCACUUGACUUCUGAUGCUCACGUUACUAUUCGCUGUUCAGAUACAGACAUUUUAAUAAUUAUGUUGGCAAACAUGAAUUCUAUACAGACCGAUUUGCAAAUCUCGAUGCACGUUGGGACCGGAAACAAUCAAAAGUUUAUAAAUGUCACCAAAUUGUCUCAAGAGAAGAAUUGUCUCUCGAAUUGUAAUCUGGAUCAAUUGUUUGCAACACUGGAAGAAUAUGUAUGCAGAUUAUAUGCGUUUACGAGAGUCAAUGAUAUCAAUGUUGCUCGUGUGAUGACGUUCACCAAAUCAUAUGGCAAUAACGAUGACUGCAAUCCAUUGAAUUUGAAAAAAAGAAUCGAUGGUUCGUUGUUCCCGCCCUGUAAAGCUGAACUGCAACAACAUUUUCUUCGAACGGCAUAUAUCGCCCACCUUUGGAGCCAUGCUCACCGUGCCAUGCCAACUGACCUGUUGCCAACUGAGUAUGGAUGGGAAGAAUCUGAAGAAAAAUAUUAUUUUAAAUGGUUUACGGGUGAUCAAUUGCCGCCAUCCAUCACUAGCAUCACUAAUCUCGACAUGAACCCACAUGAGGACGACGAAACCGAGAACGACGGAGUGUGUGACAUAAGCAUCGAUAAUUGUGAUGACGACAGUGAUGCAAAGGAAGAUGAUGCAUAAAAAAAUAUUUCUUUGAUUUAUAUUAAGAUUUUUAUGUUAAUUUUAAUAAAAAUAAUCGAAUAAAA